AUGUCUGAAUCAAAUGGAAAUCAUGAACUACCAAAAAUUAAUAUUCCCGAUUCAGGAGGCACCAAUCCAUCACCAAGUUUAAAUCUUUCACCAUAUGGCACUGUUCAAUUACCUCCUGUUUAUUCAUAUAGACAAUCUCAAGUGAUUCAACAACAGCAACAACAACAACAACUGCAACUGCAAAGACAGCCUGAACUCAACUCAUCAAAUAUUGCUCAACCAUUACAAUCUCAGCCGACUCAACAACCAUCAGAACAAAUAUAUUCAAAUAUAGCUCAACCUUUACAACCACAACUUAGACAACAAGAUGGUAAACCAAGAUUAAGAGUUAAAAGAGCUUGUUCAAGAUGUCAAAGUCAUAAAAUUAAAUGUUCAGGUACCGCUCCAUGUACAACAUGUGUUCGUCAAAAAAAAGAAUGUAUUUUCACAACUACCACUAUAAACAAAAAUGAUCCCAAAUCAAAUAAUUCUCAAUCCCAAUCAUCAUAUGAACAAAAUAAACGACAAAAAUUAUCAAUGAUUCAUGCAGAACCAUUUGGAUUACCAACAGUUGAUAAAUCAAAUAGUUCAGAAUAUGUAUUACAUUUAGAAAAUAGAGUUCAAUAUUUAGAAAAUAUAUUAUCAGGAUCAAGUGAAUUAUUUAAAAUUCCUAAAACUGAAGAACCAGAAUCUACUACAAUGUCAGAAACUUUAUUUUCAUCAAGUUCAAAAUGGAGAUUUUCAAGACGUCAUCAAAAUUUAUUAAUUGUUGAAUUAUGUAAAUCAAUGUAUUCUAAUUUAUCAGAAGAAUCUAAAAAACAAGUAACUAUUCCAAGAUCUCAAUAUUUUGGUUGGAAUAUGUCAGGUGUUAAUUAUUUAACUUCUGAAGAUUUACCAUUAUUACCAACAAUUGAUAUAAAAUUUGAUGAAAAAUAUUUAAUAAAUUAUUUUUUUAAAGAAAUUAAUCCAUUAUUUGCAAUAUUACAUGAAACUGUAUUUAAAGAACAAUAUGAAGCUUAUGAUAAAUUAAGAAAAGAAGAAUUAUUUAAAAAAGAUCAUGAUACAAAAACAAAUCAAACUAAAUUAUUUUCAGCUAUAUUAUUCUUGGUUUAUGUAUUAGCUAUUAGAUUCUCGGAAUUUCAAAAACCAAAAGGUCCAAAUAUUGAAAUGUUACAAUUGGAAGAAAAAUUAUUCAAAUAUGCGUAUAAAGUUAUAUCAAUUUUAAGUUUUGAAUGGGAAUCUUUUGAAUUGAUUCAAAGUUGGUUAUUAAUUUCUUUGUAUUUAAGAGUAGCUCAUAGACAAACUUCAUGUUCACAUGCUUUGGGUCAAGCAGUUAUAAUGACAAAGUCAAUGGGGUUAGGUUUCAGUGAAGAAAAUCCUAAGAUUUUAGUAAGUACCGGGUACGAAAGAUUAAAAGCAAAAAGAAUAUUUUGGUGUGUAUUCACAUUUGAUAGAGUAUUUGGUUUACAAACUGGUAGAUAUAGUGGUAUACGAGAUGAAGAUUUUGCAAGAGGUUUCCCAAGUUUUGAUUUUGCUAAAGAAACUGAAAAAGAUGAUUGGUUAACAUUACCUGCUUUAGCUUUAAUUCAUAUUGCAAGAAUUUCAAAUUUUGUACAUACUGCACCAACUGAUAAUCCACAUUUACUCAAAUCUCAACAAAUUAAUACUGAAUUGGUGAAAUUACAUGAAUGGUUUAAUGAUGUUGGAUUUAGAAAUGAUUUAUUAUUCAAUAAAAACGAUGAUUCAAGUAUUAGUUCAUUAGUAAAAGCACAAGUUAAAUUACAUUAUUAUGAUUUAGUUUUAUGUAUACAUGGGAAAGUUUUAUUUAAUCAUAUAGGUAGAAAAAUUACAAGUAAUGGAUUAAAACUUGAAAUGGUUUUGGAUGCAAGUAAUGGAGUAAUUGAAGUACUAGAUAAAAUAAAUAAAGCAAAUUUAAUUUAUACACCAUGGUAUUCAAUAUUAUUAUUAUUAUUUAAUAUUGGAGUUAAUUCAAUUUGUUUAAUAAAUGGAGGAAUUUAUGUAUUACAAUCAAGAGAUAUGUUAAAAAACACUAUAAAAUUUUUCACAAUAUUAAGGAAAUCACCAAUAAGAAAUGAUCAAAAUAAAUUAAUUUUUAGAGAAAGAUUUAAAAUGGUUAGAGAAUGUACAUGGGCUUUAAAAAUGGCAAAUAAAAUUCUUACAUUAAGAUUAGAAGAAGAUAUGAAAGCUUUAAAUAAUAUUGGAGUAGAUCAUGGAUCAUCAGAUGUUAAUAAACAAUAUUUUUCUCAAUUAGGUAUGAAUUAUUCAACAACAGAUGCAAAAAUUUCUGAAUUGGAAAAAGAUAAAAUUAAAACUAAUGAAUUUAAUAAAGUUUUCCAAAAACAAUUAUAUAGAAAUGAAAUUAUACAAUCGCCAUCAUCACCAAAAAAUCAAAUUGAUGAACAACAACCACCAUUACCACAACAAACUCAACUUCCUCAAAGAGAAAUUGUAUCUACUACUCCUACAAGUUCAACAUCAUUAGAUCAAAAUGAACAACCAAACCCAGUUGAUUCUUAUCCAUCUUUAGAAAUUGAUAAUUUAUUAGGUAACUUACAAUGGUUUGAUCAAUGGAUUGAUUUUAAUUAUGAUUUUUAA